CCAACUCGAAGGCCAAAACUGCAUCGUUUGUUAAUGACCAAAGAUGAUCGAUCGAUCGAUCAUCCGUGUCCCCCGAUUCACCCAAUUUCCCUUUCAUACGUAGCAGCUCCCGGAGUCUGGUGGCGCGAUGAGUUCCCUUGCAGGAUCUGUAAGCGCCGCUCAUCCACUUGCUCUACCGGCGUGGAAUGGCGUCGUUAGGGUUUCAGGCACACCGACUCAUUUCUGGGGGAAGAAGAGGGGAAAACCGAAGAAUAGAGAAGUUGUACGAGCGUCCAUGGUGAAAGCUAGACCCAGUCUGGUGCCCGCCAUCAGAGAUCGGUUGCCUGACACUAGUAAUCCUUCUUUGCAACGAGGUGAAAUCUCCUCCUCCGGUUCAUCUAGCAGUGAUCGAGCAGAUGAUAUGCAAGCUGAAGCUCGGGCAUUGGCGCGUGCAGCUAAUGCUUCAGUUUAUAGCCCACAACUCUUGUUUACCAAAUUUGGCUCUCGACCCCUCAAGGUAGUGAGCAGAGGGUUCGAAAUCAUAGUUAGGCUAUGUUCUUUCGCCUUUAAACUGUGGCUGGACGAAUUGAAUGGCCAACUCAACCAAAACAGAAGAUUGAGGGCGGUGGAGUUGAGGCAGAUUUUCACCACUUUAGGCCCUACUUUUGUUAAGAUUGGCCAGGGAUUAUCCACCCGACCAGAUUUAUGCCCUCCAGAGUUUCUUGAAGAGCUAUCUAAAUUGCAGGAUGCAUUGCCUACUUUUCCUGACACGAAAGCAUUUUCCUGUAUUGAGACGGAGUUGGGAUGCCCACUCGAUGCAAUCUACUCUUCUAUAUCUGCAUAUCCAGUUGCUGCAGCUAGUCUGGGCCAAGUUUAUAAAGCUCAACUGAAGUACACUGGUCAGGUAGUUGCUGUCAAGGUUCAACGACCGGGUAUCGAAGAAACAAUAGGAUUAGAUUUUUGCCUUAUAAGAGGCUUAGGUGUUCUCAUCAAUGAAUAUGUUGACACGAUAACAAGCGAUGUUGUUGCUCUCAUUGAUGAAUUUGCUCGUCGAGUAUAUCAAGAGCUCAACUAUGUUCAGGAAGGACAGAAUGCAAGAAGGUUUAAGAAGUUAUAUGCAGACAGAGAUGAUGUUCUUGUCCCAGACAUUUUUUGGGACUACACGAGUGGGAAAGUUUUAACCAUGGAGUGGGUGGAAGGUGUUAAAUUGAAUGAGAUAGAGGCCAUUGAGAGACAAGGGCUAAACAUUUUGGAUCUGGUGAACACCGGCAUCCAGUGCAGUCUCAGACAAUUGCUGGAGUAUGGUUAUUUUCAUGCGGAUCCUCAUCCUGGAAACCUCUUGGCAACACCUGACGGGAAGCUUGCUUUUAUUGAUUUUGGUAUGAUGAGUGAAACUCCUGAAGAAGCAAGAUUUGCAAUUAUUGGUCAUGUGGUUCACAUGGUUAACCGGGACUAUGAGGCUAUGGCUCGUGACUACUAUGCAUUAGACUUCUUAUCGCCUGAUAUAGAUGUUUCUCCUAUUGUACCAGCACUUCGAGAUUUCUUUGAUGAUGCACUUAACUCUACCGUGAGUGACCUUAACUUUAGAACAAUUGUUGAUGGGUUGGGAGCUGUGUUGUAUCAAUACCCUUUUAAUGUUCCACCUUAUUAUGCAUUGAUUCUAAGGUCACUCACUGUUUUAGAAGGCUUAGCUCUAUAUGCUGAUCCUAAUUUCAAAGUACUGGCUGCAUCAUAUCCAUAUUUUGCUAAAAGGCUUCUUACAGAUCCCAACCCAUAUCUUAGAGAUGCUCUCAUUGAGCUGCUUUUCAAGGAUGGGAAGUUCAGGUGGAAUAGACUUGAGAACCUGCUUGACCAGGGAAAGAAAGAUCAAGAUUUUUCUGCAAAAGAUGCUUUUCAACCUGUCCUGAAGUUAUUAUUGGGUCCAGAUGACAUGGCGUUACGGGAUUUGGUGACUAAAGAGGCUAUCCGUGUCACUGAAGCAGUCAUUUUGGGAUCAAUUAUUGAAUCUUAUAACUUCAUCCCUGGUCCCUUGAGGUCUAUAAUCUUCAAUGGCAAUGCAGCUGGUCUUCUUGUAAUGAGUACUGCAGAAGAGAAAAGUAUGAUGGAUCUCAGGGCACAAGUAUUUAGGAUAUGGGGUCUUUUACUAUCAUCUAAGGGUUUUGAUCCAAACCUUCUACAACCAAUUUUACAGAUACUUCAAGAACCAGAGGCACGCCAGAUUGGGGGGAGUGUGGUUGGUGGAAUAAGCCAACGCCUUGCUGCACGGUUACUGCAACAAGUUCUUCAACCUCCUCCUUCUGGAUAGGAAAUGGCAUCUGCGCAUUCAAUCUAUUGGUCGUUCGAAGAAAAACUUAAACAUAGUGUAUUUACGCAUGUCAGAUAUGUUUUUUUUAAUUACAGUAGGUUUUUUUGCAUUAUAAAACAUGUGAUAAAAUUUCAAGCCCAAAUCAAUCUAUUGGUUGUUCGAAGAAAAACUUAAACACAGU